GUACUAUCACUAUAUCUAAUCUUGGCAUGUUUGGAAUUAAAAACUUCUCAGCUGUUAUUAAUCCACCACAGGCAUGUAUAUUAGCAGUAGGAUCUACAGAAAAGGCUGUAAUUCCAGAUGAAAGCAGUGAAAAGGGAUACAGUGUAGCCAAUGUAAUGUCAGUCACACUCAGCUGUGACCACCGUGUUGUUGAUGGUGCAGUUGGCGCUCAAUGGCUUUCAACCUUCAAAAGAUAUCUGGAAAACCCUUUAACAAUGUUACUGUAAAUACAAGAUUGACUGGAAAGUCUAGUGGUCAUCAAACUUUUUAGGUUGGAAUUCCUGCAAAUAUGACACCAUUGGAGAUGAAAUGGGUGCAAUCUAUUUCUUAUGCACUCUGAGACUUUGGAGGGUUUGUUUUCAGUGAUCAAGUGAAGGGAUAGAAAAAUGAAGAAAUGGAUAAAAUGUAGAACAAAUUUAAGUGUUGUGACAAGCAUUGGGAGAAGCUACACAUCAGUACAAGUAAUAUUUUUAUUUACAAU